AUUUGUUCCUGGUUAAAUAAAGGUGGGACAAAGCCCCUGGAAUUUGUCUGAGGUUUUACGAGAAAAGAGUACAUUCGCAGAAAAACUGGUGCUGCUGCUAUAUCUAACAACUAUAGACAAAGAAGCAAAAGGCAAAAUGGCUCACAUGGGAAUUCAGAUCAUUGGGUUUUCUCUGGGCCUCCUUGGCCUAUUUGGAACAUUGAUCACCACUAUCCUACCACAUUGGUGCAGAAUAGCACACAUGGGUGCUGAUAUUAUCACGGCUAUGGAAUUCACAAAGGGACUUUGGAUGGAAUGUGUCUGGCAAAGUACUGGCAUCUACCAAUGUCAAGUCUAUCGUUCACAGCUGGCGUUGCCUCCACACCUGCAGGCAGCUCGUGCCAUGAUGGUAAUUUCCUGUUUGCUUUCUGUUUUAGCCACUUUCUUUUCUGUCAUGGGUAUGAAAUGCACCAUGUGCUUCAAGGAAUCUUCAUUCAAAAAUAACAUUGCCAUAGCUGGAGGAAUAUGUUAUAUCCUUGCUGGUAUCAUGUGUCUCAUUCCAGUGUCAUGGUCAACAAAUGACUUAAUUCGAGACUUCUACGACCCAAUGAUUCCACCCGGAAUCAAAUAUGAAAUGGGAGAAGCUUUAUACAUUGGCUUUGUGUCAAUGAGCGUGACACUUAUUGGAGGGGCUCUGCUUUGUCUGUCCAGUCCUCAGCAAAGGAAUUGUAGGCCUUAUGAACCACAGCCUUCAUUUUCACAGACUGCAACUGAGUAUAGGCUACCAGUUGUUUAUAAGGGCAACCCAAUUUCACAAACAUCAGCCUCACAUAGCAGUUACCGCUUACAAGAUUAUGUCUGA